AUACACGAGGAUCUAGAGAAAGAUCCAGACUAUUCUGGCUCCGGCUUUGGACCCGAUGACGAGGACGCCGAACCCGACCAGCACUCGCACACUUCGCACAACACGCGCAUCUCGCAGAACAUUGGCGGCGGCAUAAACACAGCUCAUUUACCAACACAAACCUCAUCCACGACCUCAGCAACAACAACAUCAACAACUACGACAACAACCACCACAUAUGAUGACGACGACGAUGAUGAUAUUUUCGAUCAUGCCAUUGAUGAGGAUAUCGAGAAGGAGGUUGAUAUCGAUAUCGAUCCCCCAAUAUCGAAAACGCCAGUGCGCGGUAACGCUCACGAUGAUGAUGAUGACAAUGACAAUGAUGAUGAUGAUGACGAUGGCACCAUCGAUGUGGAUGGGACCAGUACUGGUGGCAACGAUGGAGAUAUCCUUACAGAGCGCGGACCGGGCGGAGGUGAUAGCAACGUGCACGGGUUGGACCCCACUACGAACGUGAACAGCCAGCCCUCUGACACAAAGAACAACGAUCACAGGAUCAACGGCAACGAGGUGGUCAUCAUGAGCGAGGACGAUCGCACGUCGAGCUUUUUCUCGCAGCCGGGCAUCCUGGCUGCUGUCAUUGGCGGUGCAGUUGUUGGCCUGCUCUGCGCCAUACUCGUGGUGAUGUUCAUUGUGUACCGCAUGAGGAAAAAGGACGAAGGAUCCUAUGCGCUGGACGAACCCAAGCGCUCGCCGGCCAACAAUUCAUAUGCGAAAAACGCGAACAAUCGCGAGUUUUACGCCUGAGAUAAUGGCACGGCGCGCAGGUAUUAAGUUGGCCACACGGCCAGGAGCGGGACCGAACUGCAAGGAGGACGAGGGCAAAAGGACGACUGGAUGAGGGCGGAGCAGCAGAGACGCGAGUGGAGGUAGAAGAGCGACGGGUUUGGUUUGGGCUCAACUGAAUACACUGUGCGGAGUGGCAGUGCGACAACAUCAGCAGAACCACUGAAACAAGGAUAUUUAAUUGUCCGCAGCAGCAGCAGGAGCAGCAAAACUAACACACAAAAAACAUAAA